UUCCUUUCCAGGAACAGCCUUGCGAGCGAAGCUGUCAAGCGAAGGGUCCCUCCUGCGGCUUCCUGGACUCGCGAGAGGGAAGCAGGCGCGGUGAACCUCAGCGGACGAAGGAGCUGUUUCUGUGGCAACUGCCGUGCAAGGACGGCAGCCUUAGAGGAGGGAGGAAGCGACUCUCUCGUAGGUAUGGCCAGCACUGUGACAGAGCAUGGAAAUGUAAGGAUCGUCACACAAGUAAUCCCACAGACAGGCUCCCUGUCAACCCAGGCAGCUGCAGUCAGAGUGGUUGAAUCUACUUCUGGGGCAUCUCAGUUCAUACCAACCCUUAACAAAAAUACCAAGAAUACUCUGUUCAAGGUGCUUGGGGUCAUACAGAUUCUUUGGGGAAUUACAGAGGUGAGCUUUGGCAUUACCCUGACAAUAAUUCAACGAACCUUCUCCAUCACUGUUGAAAGUGGCGUUUACUUAUGGAUUGGGAUCCUGCUCUUGAUCUCUGGGUCCUUGUUGGUGGAAAUUGAGAAAAGACAACCUGUAUGGCUGGUGAAAGCUGCUUUCUUUGCCAACUUGCUAGUUUGUGUGGCUGGAUUGGUUGCAGUAAUCCUCCAUGCUACUGAGAUUGCACAAACUGUUAAAGAAGGAAACCCAUGUCCUCCGAACAUCACUGAGCCACAGUACUGCAAAAAUUAUGUUCAGAUACUGAAAUAUGGCCUGAACUCUGUGUUCAUCAUCUUUUUGCUCCUUGAAAUAUCCUUAGCGAUAACUGCCCUGGUUAUGUUCACGUCUCAGAAGCAGCAGGACUAUCAACAAAUGGUAUCAUGAAGAUAAGCAGUUUCUCUUCUCCUGUCCCACAAUGCUAAACACUUAGGUGCUUUCCUGGCUUGAAGCUAUAUGAGUAUGAACUUCCUAUUGUCUCUUUAUCUUCCCAAGUUAGGCUACAAGCAUCAAAAGAAGACGCUACUGCUAAACCUCAAAGAUCUGCAUUAUAUGCCUCAACCUAAAAACUGAGAGCAAGCUUCGUAUUUGUUUAUUAUGAGCUUCUCCUGUACAGGACUGCCACAAGUUUAUCCCAAAUACAAGGUCUCUUCCCAGGCCAUGCCUUAUGAAACAUCCUCUGUAUUUUCAUCAGCUUGCAUAUCCUGAAAACCACUGAUCUUGGUGUGUGGUGAGGGCUUCUCAAUGAAGAUUUUAGCAUACUAUUGCUCUGCCAUCACUCACUUCCAUAUGUAGCUCUUUGGGAUCUUAAUGAAGAAAAGGGAGAUAUCUGCAAGUGGCUUUUUUCCCCCUAUAAGAGACCAUCUGUUUGCGAUCAUCUUAAAUUUCUAUAUUUUCAACUGCGUGCUUGUAUGAGAGAGAGUAUAUGCAAGCAACAUGCAGGAGAGAGAGCUCUCUCCGGUUAGGUUUUCUGAGUUUUCUCAACAUCACUUGUCAUUUAUGGAUGUAACAUCAGAAUCUCCCUGUGUCAAGGCACAACUGAAAAUAUUUCCAUUUUAUACUUGGACUGAAAAUCCAUUUGAAUUGUGCAGAAUGUAUGUGGAAAUUAGAGGCUGUUAGAAAAGUGCUUCAGGUUCUCUUAGGAGGGGGAGAAUUUAAUACGGAUGUAUUAUUGCAUAAUGUAUUUUUUCACAAGAAUAGGAAGCUUUUUCACAGAGGAAAAAAUUAUAUCAAGACCAUUAACUGGAGAAUAAUAUUAAGUCUUCACAACUGCUGCUUUUGUUCUGCAGCUUGCCUUCAUACUCUAAACCUGGGACAAGUCUCAUUAACUCAGCAGAACUUGCUUUGGAGGAGAUGUUUUUAAGAUUGCACAGUACGACUGCAGUUGUAUGAACAACAGUCUGAAGAUAAUUGCUGGUGAUAAUUCUCAGGCUUGGAUUGGACUGGGCAGCAACAGGAAAAAGGACCGUUGUUACUUUGGGGAAACAAUCAUAGUUCAGUGGUAAAAUGUAUGUUUAAUGCAGAAGGGUGGGAAUUCAGUACCCAGUAUCCUCCGUUGGAAAGCUGCAGAUAGUCAGUGCAAAUAAUACUCAGUAGAACUAAUAUUCCGAUUUGGCCCACGGCAGUUUCCUAUGUGGCAUGUUAACCCCUAUCUUUGCAGCAAUAUGUCCUUGACAACAGAAAAAGCUAUCUGAGAGAAGUAGCUAGAACAACCAUGAUUAUAUUAGCCCUUUCCUAUUAUUAUGUAGAUUAUAAAGUCUGCAUAUAAUGAAAUGCACUGAUUAGGAGUCAGAAAGGUGGUUAGUGUUCAUACUGAAAGCAGAGAGCAAGAGCUGUUCUGCCAAAUUAGUUUAUUUUUGUUGCCCUGGAGUUGAGUUUUACUUUAUUUUAUGAAAGGUAACAAAAGAGAAUGAGAUAUAUAUAACCCUAACCAGUGGUGUGCUGCCAAAGAGAAAAACAUCCCUGCCGAAGUAGGAAUCAUGCGAUUCAUGGCAGGCAGACAAGCUAUCAGGAACUUGAGCCGAAUUUCUUAAACCCUGACUAUACGGUGAUAUCAUAUACUAUUAUUCCUGAAGGCGAAAGAAACAAAUGAUUAUGGGCCAGUUUAUGCAUUCAGCAAAAUAAAGUAGCCUAAACACUUAUCUCUGCCCAGCCUACUGUAUGCCAUUUACCUUAGUAUCUCCACUUUUUGCAGUUAGCAUUUAAUUUUAUUAUAUAUUAAAUGAUAUAUUGUAUGGAUAUACAGUGCAUUCGGAAAGUAUUCCGA